AUGAGAACGGAACAAAAUAACCCGCAAAUGACCGCCGCCGAUUAUAAUGCCCAAUCUCAGCAUGUUUAUCAGCAGCAACAAAUGAAUUUUUACGGGGAUCCAAGAAACAUGGUGAACACGAACGGCGGUCGCUCCAAUUCUCAACAAAUAAUGAAUCCGAUUAUGUAUAAUGGACCACAAUCCAGAUUGUCUAAUAUGUAUCUACAAUCAUCAGUCUAUCCAAUGACUCCAGGGCUGAAUUCGCCAUAUAAUGAUAUUGAUCGAUAUACAACAAAAGACAAAGAUCCACGAUCUUCUUCAUCUUCUACAGCCGCAACGACGACAUUGACAUCAUCUUCAUCUACUACUAAUAUAACAGCAACGUCAAAUCUUACAAACAGUGAUCAAUCAGCAAUGACGAAAGAAGAUUUGGGAUCUCAAAACGAAAAGAAUGCUACAAAUGACUGUGAAAAUCGUUCACAUUCAGCCUCAAUAUCAAGCGGACACAAUGUUAUGUCUCUACCACAAUCACCAUCGUCACAUCAAAUGCCGAAUGAAAAUAUUCAACAACAACAACAACAGCAGCAAUUAUCAUCAAUGGGUGGUUCAGGAUACAAUCAAAUGAUGCCACCACCAUCUCAUAUAAAAUCAGGACAAAUGAAUUACCAUAUGCCAUAUAAUCAAGGUGAUCCGUCUGCGAACAUGUAUGCUGUAAGAGGAGCAAGUGGUGGACAACCAGUAGGCUAUGCACCAGGUUACAUGUCAAAUCCAUACGGUGCUGCUAUGGUACCAUCAAAUAAUCAACCGAGAUCAGCAACAAAUAUGACUAAUUAUCGUCCUUAUAUGAUGAAUAUGCCAUAUACAAAUGGUCCAUCUAUGCAGAAUGGAUUAGUACCUACUAAUAACUCACCAUCGCAAAUGAAACAGAUGAUGUCGACCACACCUCAACAACAAUCACAAACGUCGUUACGUGGACAAAAUCAGUUGUCACCAAAUCGUUCACAACGUUCAUCAUCAACGUCAAACACUAAUAAUCCAAAUAGUCAACAAACACCGCCACCAGCAUCAACUCCGUCAUCGUCAUCACAACAGCGUUACAUGUCACCUAAUAGUUCAUAUAAUCCAUAUUCUACACUGACCGCAAAUCAUAUUGUAAACGGUCCGUAUUCUAAUACUAAUCAAAAAACAUUCGUACGUGAUAAUCUCAUUUCUGCUGGAAAUAAUAAUCCAAACGGUUAUCCUUCAUCAGCACAAUGGCCGCAACAAGGUCUUAACAGUAAUUCCUUCGGACAAAGUCGAUCAGAAUCAUUAACACCAAGUUUAGCGAGUAGUACAGGUGACUCCGAUGCAAAUUCAAGCAAUACAUUAUUUCCUGGUGGCAAUCCACAACUUCAUCAUCAUCAUCAGCAACAGCAACAACCUUACAAUACAAAUUCAGCAUUAACCAACGGACCAACGAAUCCAAAUAUGAACAACAGUAAUUAUCCAUACAGUACUAACGACAAUAAUUAUUUAAAUACAUUUAGCGGUGAUAGUAACAAUUACGACAGUGCAAAUUACAAUUAUUCAAUGAAUCUAUAUGCUCAAUCACAACAACAGCAAAAUUUAAAUGAUACGUCAUCGUUUCGUCCUCCGUCACAUGCCGCAGGUGUGCCUAAUGAAGAUUCAACUACAACGGGAAACUAUCAUCGUAAAUUGAGUGAGGCACAACUUGCUCCACAUGCAGGCGCCAACAUGAUCAGUACUUCGCAAUCAAAUCCUCCGUUUAGCAGCGCCAGCAGUAAUAAUAAUAAUAAUAAUAAUGGCCCUAAAUCUCCGGGCGCUGCAAGUAUGUCAUCUUAUCAACCAGAUGAUCUUGACUCUAGUAAUUCAAGUUGGUCUGAAAGUCCACAACCGUCGACAGACGCCAAACAAAAUAGAAGAAAGUUAUCAUCCGGUUCCACACAAUCAACACCCGCAGAAGUAUUUAGUCGUUUACGUGAACUUAGUGAUGAACCCGAAAGACAUUUAUUUGUGGAUCGUUUACAAAAAUUAUGGGAAGAACAUCAUGUUGUAUGUCGGAAUCUACCAAGUAUAUCAAAACAAACCAUUGAUUUAUAUAAACUGUAUUUACUUGUUAAAGAACAAAAUGGAUUUCAAGAAGUUGCAAAAAAUAAACAUUGGCGGGAAAUAGCUAGUAAAUUAAAUAUAAUUAAUUCGUCUAGUGCAGCAUUCAAUGUGAAACAGAAAUAUGUUGCUCUCAAAUUAUUCCACUAUGAAUGUCGUUAUGAUCGAAACGGUAUUGAUCCUGGACCAAUAUUACUUGAGUUAGAGAAAACGAGUUCAAAAAAAGGUGUAAAAGGGCCGCGCAAGCAAGACAAUGGCAGUGGUAGUGGUAGCGGUAGUGGUAGUAAUGAUAUGAAACCAAUGUUGCAACAACAACCAACAAUGCCGUUGGAUCCUUAUGGAAAUGUGACAAAUAACCCCCUAGCGGCAAUGAGAGGUUAUUGUCCGCCACAAAUGAUGCCGCUAUCCAUGAUGAAUCCAUCGUCGAACCCUAAUAAUUAUCGUCCGAUGAUGAUGCAGUAUGGCAUGAAUGCACCACCAUCAACUCCACAGACUGGUAUACCUACUAGCAACGAUAUGAUGAUGAAUCAAUUUAUUCAAGAUCCUGGAGGUGGUAGUGGAGUUAUGCCUUCUUAUAAUGAGAUGGAUAUGUCUCUAUAUCAACAGCAACAACGCCAAAUGAUGCCAUCGACAAAUUAUCCAAAGACAUUGCCAUAUCCAAAUUCAGUACACAGACCAUCCAGUACACAAUCACCAAUGUAUACAAAUCCUCCUUCAUCGCCUUACAGUAACACAAAACCACCACCUGUACAACAGCAACAAUCAACAAAUCAACAAGAUAAUAAUAAUGCUACAUAUAAUCCUCAAUCAACUUGUCCAUCCACUCAAACUCAUUAUAGUUAUCCGUCACAGACCAUGACGAGUUCUUACCCAUCUUCGACUGAUCGUUUGUAUCCAUCACGUACGACGUUAUCACCACACACUUCAACAACUCAGCCACCAUCUACGUUAUCCUCGUUUCCUAUGGGUGGGAUGCCGGUACAAAAUCCAAAUGAGUCAUAUUCGUCUGUAAAUAAUAAUCCAACAAAUGUUAUGAAUGAUACAACAGCGAAAAAACCUAAUGAUAUGCUAGAACCGUUUACAAUUGCUCGAGAUAGUUCAUCUAAUGGCUUAUGUUACUUUGAUUUUAUAGAUGAACCAGUGAUUUUGACACAAGCAUCAAAUAGCGGUCGUUCGUCACCAUCAAAAUGUCAAGAUCCUAAAAUAAACAAGUUGUUAAUGAAUCAACUACGGCCGUCUACCACUGCGUUAUCAUCUCAGUCAACAACAUCACUUUCUCAAUCAGUGCCACCUUCUUCAUCAUCUUCAUUGAUAACAUCAAAUAUUUCAACAGUAAAUACUAAACCAAGUGUAUCAGUAGUAGCAGCUGUAGCUGCUGCUGCCCAUGUACAUACGCCCACAACAGUACCCACAACGAUGUCAAAAGAUGUUUUAUUUCCUCCUGAUAGUGUUGAAGCUACCACAAUUGUGACAAAAGGAAAAAGAAAAAAGCUAACAUCAAAAGAUAUCACACCAGUUGAUCCAUGGAAAUUGUUAAUGUCUUUACGUGGUGGUCUAUUAGCUGAAACAACAUGGGCACUAGAUACUAUCAAUGUGAUGCUAUGUGACGAACAGACAAAUACCUAUUUUCGACUUAAACAAAUGCCAGGAUUGUUACAAGUUAUUUACGAUAUUUAUCUUAAAUGCCUUCAACAAUUAUUCGAUGAAUUUCGUAUGCCAUCUAUCAAAACGAGGAAAGUCAGAACUUCGUCGCUAGACAGUAAAACGGCUGAACAAACAGGAGUAAAGGUUAAUGGUGUACCAUCACCCAAUGAUUUAAAUUGUUCAUCUCAUUUGACGUGUACAACAAUCAAAAAAGAGAGACAACGUGACGAUAUACUUUAUCGUGUUGAAUCAAAUUAUUUAAUGAAAUAUCAUCGACUAAAAUCGAAAGCACUUCUAGAGCAAACAGUAACAUACGAGCAAAUACAUGACUAUAAUGGAAAUGAGAAAAAGACUCCAUUGGAUGUUUUGGAGUUAUACGAUGCGGACGAAUUAUCCUAUAUCCGCACUCAUUUUGAUCCAUUAAGAAUAGACGAUUCUUAUUAUGAGCGAUUGUAUUAUAGUUAUUCGAAGAGUCCGAACAACAUCGUCUCAAUGGAAGAUCAUUCUACGUGUAUAAGUGAAUCUAUGAACGCUUCUUCUAUUACUAAUACCGGUGAGGAACAACAAAAAUCGAAAAAAUUAUCACCAUCACGGACGAAAAUAAAAGGACGAAGACAUUUGAGUUCAAAUCAUGUCUAUAAACCGAGGAAAAAGUCCGUCUCAGCAACAGACCAAUUGAAUGAAGAAAUAUCAACAAAUUCAUCUGUAUCAGACAGUAAUAAUAAUGAAUUUUUUCGUCGUCAUAAAAGAAAAUAUGACCCGGAUGAACAUCAUGCAAAUGAACUUUAUGCUGGUAGUUGUCUAGUAAAUAAUAAAGUGGAAUCUAAAAUUACCAAUAUCACAUCACCAUUAUAUUUGGAUUCUUGUAAUCAAUACGAUGAAUCAUUGUUCUAUUUACAUUCACAAUCGUACGAUCAGAUAUGUUCACGUUGUAUAUGCGUAUCAUCUAUAAUAAGAAAUUUAAGUUUUAUAUCUGGAAAUGAUCUUGAAUAUUGUAAAUCGAAAACAUUAAUUCAUUUAUUAGCUCGAUUAUUAUUACUCAGGCAUGGCAAUGGUAGCCGUACUACGUGUACAUCGCAGCUUUCAGUGCCACAUUCAUCUUCUACUGCUUCUUCUUGUUUUGCGAUAUUAACCGUAACACAGUCAGAUAACUGUCAAACUAAUGGGAGAAGGCGACGGCACUCUCUAUCAUCAAUUACGAAAUUGAAACAAUCUUCGUCAACAGAUAAUGUCGAAGGAGAUGACGAGGAAAAGUUCACAGAUAUAUCGGAUGACCAUUUAUCCGAGAGAUGGAAAACAUCAAACUUUUAUUGGCUCGAAUGUGUUCAAAAUAUUCGUGAGAAUACGUUAGUUACAUUGGCUAAUUUAGCUGGCGUAAUUGAAUUAAAUAUCUAUGAUAAUGACGUAUUACAUACACUCAUUGACGGUCUACUACAUUGGGCAACAUGUUAUUCAGGCGAUGCCAUUGAUCCAUUACCAUGCCAAGUAUCAUCAAGUAUAAAUACGACAACAAACUACGAUAAUCGAAACUAUUUGUCUGCACAACGUCUUUCAAUUGAAAUAUUAUCAAAAAUGAGUGUACACGAGAUGAAUAUGGAUUUUAUACUGGCUACGCCACCAUUCUAUCGUAUUGUAUCAUUAUUUCAUGUACUAACGGAUUGGUUAAUUGUUGACGAUUCUUUUUAUCCAACCGCUUAUCAUCCACAUCAUCAUUAUUUAAUGCAAACAAAUCAUUAUCAAUAUCGACAACAACGUGGUUUAGAACGACAACAACAUACACAACGUGAAUUUUCUGUUGUACUCUUGAAUGCAUUAGUCAAAUGUGAUACAUUAGCAUCCAGUGUUCUAGCUAAAAUACCUUGUACAAUAUCUCUGUUAAUUAAUUUUAUUGAAGAUUAUGAACAGAAAACUAGUGAAUUAAUGCAACGUUUUGGCGUCGAUUAUAUAGCACGAUUAACACAACAACAACAGCAACAUCAAAAUAAUCCAACGGUUGAUAGCAUUUUAUUUACAACGGUUGAUAUGUUAAAACGUUGUGCCAAUUGUUUAUUAACAAUAGCAUCUUAUAAUGGAAAUGUAAAUAUAAUGAAACGUUAUGAAGAUAGACUAUUGAAUUUAUCUAUAUCACAUGUCAUCGAUACAAAUGUUGGAAAAAUUUUAACUGAAGUAUUACAUUAUUGUACUAGUAGUUGA